AUACAGUUCAUACAAUAAUCUUAUGAAUGUAAAAGAGGGGGGAACAUGUCGGCUUCGGGUCCCAUAAGCAACUAUUAUGUAGAUUCCUUGAUAAGUCAUGAAAAUGAAGAGCUCUUGGCAUCAAGGUUCCCAGCCACUGGCUCUCACCCUGCAGCCGCUAGACCUUCAGGAUUAGUACCGGACUGUGCCGAUUUUCCAUCCUGCAGUUUUGCCCCUAAACCGGCCGUUUUUACUACUUCCUGGGCUCCCGUGCAUUCUCAGUCUUCUGUGGUUUACCAUCCGUAUACCCACCAGCCUCACAUUGGGGCUGACACCAGGUAUAUGCGCACUUGGUUGGAACCCAUCUCAGGCGCGGUGUCCUUCCCUGGCUUCCCACCCAGCAGCAGGCAUUACGGGCUCAAGCCGGACGCUUUCCCCGGCCGAAGGGCGGAAUGUGGCCCGGUGGACGGGCGUAGUUAUCCGGAUUACAUGUACGGAUCCCCGGGUGAUCUCAGAGACCGAACUCCGCAGACUAUACCCUCUCCGGAAUCGGAGGCAGUCGCUUCGAGCAAACACAAAGAAGAAAAGAACGAAUUAGACCCUAGCAAUCCCGUGGCAAAUUGGAUUCACGCACGUUCCACAAGGAAGAAAAGAUGUCCUUAUACAAAGUAUCAGACCCUGGAACUGGAAAAAGAGUUUUUAUUCAAUAUGUACCUCACACGGGACCGGAGGUACGAAGUAGCCAGAGUUCUUAAUCUCACUGAACGCCAAGUCAAAAUCUGGUUUCAGAACAGGAGGAUGAAAAUGAAGAAAAUGAAUAAAGAAAAAACCGAUAAAGAACAGCAAUAAAAUUGGCAAAGUCAAAUCAAUGCAAGAGAAAGGAGGAGAGGGGAGGGAGGGAGGUUUCUUUGGUUCGAAAUGUUCUGACUUUGAAUGUGCUGAUCAGUGUUUAGAAUUAGUUCAACACAGCCAAGCGUUUGGGAGCACCAGGCUUUUAUAAAAUGCAACUAAAAUAAAAUGAUUUGUUUUGUCCUUUUCAGAAAACAAAAAAGAAAAGUACUUGAAUUUUUUUUUAGUAUUUUAUUUCGUAAGUUAAACUUAUCCAGUGUUUUAUUUUUUUUAAGUUCAUGACUUUGUGAGUGCAUAUUUUGUACAAAAGAAAAUGAGAAAAAAAGGCUCAAAAAUGUUCUGUCAUAGUGUUGGUCUGGUGUACUUAUUUGUGUAUUUUAUUCCUGUCUCAGACCCGUUCUGUAAUAUUGUUAUGUUUGCUCUAGUAGAACAGCUCUAUGUAAAUAUAUACUUAACGUUACAAAAAGAAAAAAAAAGAAGGAAAAAAAACCCCUUAUCAUGCAGGUGUCUUUUAUUUAAACUCCACUUGAGAAACAACAGCCAGAGUUUAUUUUUCAAUGGUAUUCAAAACGAUGUUGGGAUUCUUAAAGGAGACACCCUCCUUGCACCAGCGAAUUGAGCACUGAUAAAAAACUGCAGUCUGUUGAAAUGGAAUUUGAAAUAUACCUUAUUACA